AUGUCCACAAUCUUAUACAAUACUAAUUCAAGUCUCAUACCCAAAUACCAAAGGAAUAACCUCUUAAAAUCAAAUAAAGUCAGAUCUCGAUCUUCACUAACAAACAACCAAGCACAAGACAAGCUCCAUACUUCCAACAAGGAUGCUUCUUCAAAUAACCUACCCAUAUUCAAUUCUCCGCAUGAAAAGAAUUCUGUUAAAUAUUUGCAACAAUUGUGUCGAUCCAUUUAUUCAGAGUCGUUACAUCAACGAAUAAAUCAGUUAAAACCUUCUCCAGACUUACAAAUCAAUGCCUUUGUUGCAUUGAUCUUCCAAAAUUUUGUCAAGUCCUGGUACGGUGUUAAGAUUCCAACAGAUGAUGAUGAAUUCAUAACUGAACUCUUCAAUCUGCUGCAAAAUAUGAUUCAGUAUUUGGCCAAUCGAAUAAACGAUGGUUCUAUUGAUUGGGAAGCAUUAUUGGCUGACGAUAUCCCAGUAAUAAUAUCGAAACAUAUCCAUGGCAUUAGAGAAUGUAAGUUAAAUUUAUCUAAUAAUGAAACUACUUAUACAAAAUAUUGCAAAUUGACAUUAUUUGAGGAGGAUAAGUAUCCAUACAUUAUCACAGAUUUCUUAAAGAAAACAAUUGGGAAUACUGAUUCGAUGUUACAAUCGAGCAUGUUAGAUUCUCUAUUUAAUGUUCUUUUAUUAAAUCAUAUAAUGGAUAGUAUAGUGGAACCUUACUAUGUCUUAGAUGGCAUCAACAAGGUGUGUUCAAAAUUAAAAGCUAAGAAAAUGGACAAAUUGAAAAAGAAAGCAGCACAAUAUAGAAAUACAACACUAUCAUUUAUCUCAAUUAAAGAUAAAUUUAAAAGGCUGCUAUCAUAUAUGACUUCCAGCCGUAUAACCCCUACUAGGUCAGACAUGGCCUCCUUUUCGAAUAGGUACAUCUUCAGUCUAUUGACAGUAGAUGUAUUAAACUUACCUUUAAGAAAGCCUCUUUUUUUUGGUUUGCUAAGAGCUACUCAACUAAUUAUAAGGAAAUCUUCGGCAAUUGAAAGCAUACUACGAAACGUUAUCAUUCAUCCAUUCACAAAAUCUCAAUCGCUUACGCCGGAGAAAGUACUCGCUUCCAUAAGACAACUUCUAUUUCCUACAGACACAAUAUUGGGACCUAGGAGGAUUAUUCCUACAACAGAAGAGGAAUUGGAACCUAUUAAAGUGACGACCAUUGGGAAUAUGUGGGAAGUAUGUCAAUUGUAUAGGAUGGAUACACUGCUAGGUUUGGAGAAGGUCGAUAUGGAAAAUUUUAUUGAGACAUGUUGCCUAGAAAAACGAUGUAAUAAAAUACUUGUUUGGCAAAUAUUAGAAUGUCUGUUAGCUCAUUUAGUCGAGAUAAAUGUAGAUGAUGUAUAA